GAGAUUUUUUUUAUCUCCAAAUUUCUAAUACCAACAAUUCUUCAUUUUGAUGAGCUGUAGCUCUUCUUUUAAAAAUUCUCUUCUUUGUUAAACAAAUCGCGUCUUUAUCACUUUGUUGAUACUUUUAUCAUCUUUGUUUUAUAUAAACAAACAUUCAAAAUGUCUAAAAACUUCUAUAAUCCCGAGCAGUCUGAAUCCCGUACUACUCCAAGUAUGAACACCCUCUUCGAUGAUAAAGAUAGUAAGAUAGACAGUCUCUUUUACUUGAUAUAAAUAUACUAACGAUUUAUUUUAGUCAAUAUCAGAACCGAUUUUCAACGUGCUGUCAAAGGCUUCUCUAUUCGCAACCAAAGCUCUAAUCGCAAAACUGAGUUGUCGUACUACAUGUCCCUCCAAAUCGCUCGCGAACUCGAACCUAUCGAAGCUUUAACAAAAGUUUGUGAUGCGCUGGCGUACGAAACUUUCUCUGACUUAAUAUAUUCGCUUGGUCUUACUGUGAACGGUAACCCCGAAAGAAGAGGUGGAAAUCUUUACACUGGAGGUCAUGAGCAUAACCCUACUUAUUACAACAAGGUACAUGUAACUGUCCACUAUUACGAUUGCGAUAGAAUGUCGCAGGCAUCCAUCCUUUCUUUUCUUCCUGCUAGGAAAUUGAUCGAUACGUCUCGCGUCCCCGAGGAUGUUUUGGCAUGCAGAUCUGCCGUAGAUUCUUUCGAUGUUAAACUCAGGAAUGAAAUAGGCAUCGCAAUGCUUACGUGAGUUAAGUUGAAUCAUUUUCAUUACACUCAAACUAAUGUAUCUCAGACAUAUUAUUUCAUUACCCGACUUCCUUGAUGUUGCAAAGUAUCCGUUUGGAAACCAGAACGACCGUAUGGUCUACUUCUUUAGAAUGCUCACAAAAUACCCAAAUCUAAUGCCUAUCAUGGCUGAUUCCGUCGGAAUGAUUCUGGACACUGCGUUUGUGUAUUCAGAAUACACUUACACUCCUGAUCUUGAUUACAAGUCCAGUCCUGUACCUGGUUCCGACCCGAGUCAUGCUAUUCAAGAUCGAAUCAAAUAUCAUAUGCGGAAGUUUCAUUUGGUUCGAGCUUGUAGAUUACUUGAACUUGUAUUCAGGGGUCGGUUGAAUGUUAAAGUCGAUGAGACAUUCCAUCAACCAAAAAUGUAUUCUUUUUGGGUAAAUAUUCCUAUUCAGUUUAUAUGUCAGAACCUUGCUAACCUGAUUAUAGAUGUCAAAUUACAUGAAGUCUUGGUCUGACGGACGUGACAUUAAGAAGGUCAAGGAAGCCAUCAGCCUUUGGGAUCUACCUGUUAGACUCAACUACAGUCCUAUCCACAGAAGCGCGUUUCGGAAAAAAUUCCAAAGGAUUGAACCUAUGGGUGAAGAGGUCGUCGUCAAUGACUCCACUUGUAAUGACCACAGUGGGAACAGGAAAACUACGAGACUUGAAGACAUUUAAUGACUGGAUAGCAAGAUUAAAUUAUGGGAAGGGCAAUUAUCAAACACCACUUUCUACUUGUUUGGCAAGGUCAUGAGACAUUGCUUUCGUAUUGAUGACAUCUUUCGAGAGGGGCCGCGUCAGACAUACAUCCGUAGGCAUCUAGCAAGGUUCACCGACGACGUAUUCAGAUUUCAAGUUGUAAGACCAGAAUUAUAUUCAUGUUCAUUGGCGAACAUGUCAUACUUCAAGGAAAUAAUGGGUGGUAGAGGUGUGUGAGGAUAUUGAUAUCGAGGCAGGAAUUUUCGAAUUUGUGGGGUUCAUUGAUACUUUGCUCAAGUAGCUUGCUUAAUUCGUUAGAGUGGGAUUUAGUAAUGGUUUAGUAAUAUUUUUGGCUUCUUCAAUUACUUUGAGCAUCUAUGUA